AGGAGUCACUCUUCAUAUCCUCUUUUCUAUCUUACCACAUCCAGCAGCCUCACAUUUGCAUCAUCCUCCUGCGCUGGGCAUCGCUCGGACACAUUCGGCCACCUGUAGUUGAAAAGGACUUCAAUGAAAAACCAGUCAUGAGGAAUCCGCUGCUUACUGUGUGGCUCGUCAUCACAUUUUCAACAGCUGGGCUUGGUGAUGUUGUGUAUCUCAGCAAGCAGAGGAAUUCCUCUGUGGAGUUUUCCUGUGUGUCUACAAAUGUGAACGCAAAGCCGUUUGCGUUUUCUCUGAUGCGUGACUUGGUGAAACCUGAAAAAGUGCUGUAUGUGCACUUUGGGAACAGCCCUUCCAUUUUUAAUGAGAAAGACAAGAACCGGAUUGUUGUGCAGGAUAAUGCAAGCCGUCACCAAGUCACCGUGAACAUCUCGCACCUGCUGGGGCGCCACACUGACCUGUACCGCUGUGUCUUCCACUAUGAUUUUGAGAAGUUUGAGGAUUAUCCUGGCAAGACAGAGUUUUUUCUCUACGUUGAAGACUUCAUUCCUGAGGAGUGCACUUGCUACAGUUACGAGCCGUUGCUCUACGCUCUAUCAGCUGCAGCAGUGCUGUUGUUCCUGUGUUUGCUGAUCCUCGCUGGAGUCUACUGCAAGAGGCCACCCAGCCAGCCGAAACCACAGGCAGUUCCCAUCUACGAGGAGAUGACUGGGGUGAGAACAGCGAACGGAAAAGCAGGCAGCUGUCAUUUCAGCACAUAUCUGAACGAGCAGGAGGAAACCGAGACAUCUGAAUACAUCAGGCCCCGCAAAGAAAACCCCUACGACCCCUUGCCUGGGUUUGACCCCUACAGCCUAUAAUAUCAUUGUUUUUUAAUAACAGUGUAUUACAACUGUGGUAUCUAAAAACAUGGUGCACAGAACAUCUCUGAAGUCCUUCUGGAGCUGGAUUAGUUUUACCUGGGGAGGUUCUGUAAGAGAUUACCAGUAUGAAUCUGCAGUGUGUGCCAUUUGUAGAGUUUUACAGUAACAACUGUGGAGCGUAUGGUUUUCUGUAAUUAGAUCAGUAAUAGUAGUCAUGUUCCAAUCCACCUCACGCUAAUGGACUAACAAAAACUGAUCACAGAUGUGGCCUCGCAGCAUAUUAUUGUUAUUGGGUAUGUAACAGCGUCAUCUUUGGGAAUCUGGAGGAACACAGAGACUUUAUCCAAACCAAAUGACCAGUUAAGUGCCACACAUUACAUUAUACAGCCUCCACUGGGAAAUCUAACCCUGUUCCAGUAGUGCUUUAGGCUUUUCAUGUUACAGGGUUGAAGUGGCCCAGAUCUGAAUUUUUGCCUAAAUAUGAAACAGAUCCUUUUAGUGUUGUGUGAACACAAAAUCUGAAUAUUUUAAAAUCAGAUUGGAGACAUUUUCAUAUUUGCUCCUUGAUCAGAUGCGUAUCUACAUGGCUUUGCAACUGUAAUGAGAAGAGUCGGACUGGAAGAGUCAGAUCAAAUUCUUUUCUCAUCUGUGCAUGCUUAGGUCACUGUGGUCAUCAGUAAAGCAGAACGUUCUCGGGAUCUGAGAAAUUGAGCAAUACAGCCUGUAAUGUAAAUGCAGCCUUAGCAGCCACAAAACAGCAUGUACUGUAUACAGGAACUGUAGUAAUGCAUUAAUAUGAAUAUAUGCUGUGAAGUGUAAGUCAGGUCAAAUUUCUGGGUCCUUUAUGGGAAACAGGUAAACUCACUGUAGCACUGAUAUAAUAAAAAGAAAGAUUCUUUCGAAUAUUACAGAAAAAAACCUUUUGGAAAAAAUGGAAA